GCUAAUGUGAGAGUGUAUAGGUACCUCCGUUCACCGGCAUCAGCUGAUUCUUGUCAUUUGUUUGCGAGAUUGUUAUUACCACUGUUGACGUACGAACUCCAGCGCUCCAGGCCCAUUUCAUCCCUUCGCUUGCCGUUUGAAUGCUUUUGUCAAGUUAAAUUUUGUGGGAGAAUAGAUGUAUGUGGAACUGUUCACCGACUGUUCAGAUUUUGGGCUGCAAUAAUGGUGGCUGUACUGACUGCCGCACUAAUUACUGCUGCUGAGAUAUCCAGCUUGUUUUCUGCACUGGGUGUUAUUGUCUGCCUGAUAUGCAUGGUGGUUUUUAUCUCAAGGGUAAAUGGUGAAGAUUUUUUUGGGACAUCCGUUGUGCAUGUUGCCCAGCCUCCUGUAGCGCAAGUUUCAGUCCAGAAAGUAGCUGUCCCAUUCUCUUUAGAACUUCACAAGCCAGGAGAAAUUAAGUUUUCUGAUGUUCACUUGAAGAUCAGGAGUGAUGUGUCAUACACAUUUCGAAGUUACUGGGGUGUCAUGCAAGAUCACUUGCACGCAUUAAUGGGUGGUCCUUGGUCAGGCUUCUACUUGGAUCUUAUUGAAAACUCUCCACUUAAUGCAGAGAUCAUCAAUGAACCUGAAAGGUGUGAUGCAUCAGAUGGGGCCUUCAUUUAUAAAACCUUAAACCAGAAUGUGAUUCCCUCAUCCUUAAGUUUAGGAUCAUCACCACGAAAAAAGUACCCUUUAGUUGUCUGCAUGGUGCGACAAGAUUCCUCAGUUGAAGAAGUGGAUCCCAGUAAUGUGGGUGCAUUGAUUACCAUCAUUCAUAUUAAAGAUCAAGAAUGUCAGGUCCCUACUUGUACACAUCAGUACCUGAAGCAGUAUUCUGGCCAGCUAACACGGUUACAGACUAACAGGAUCACAAGAGCUUUGCUUCCCUGCCGUCACGUGUGUGUUUGCAGUACAUGCUUUAGUCGUCUAGAGACUUGCCCAAUGUGUCGUGGUAGAUUCCAAGCAUAUUUCCUCGUAGCUCCAGAGGACCAAGAACUUAAUGAUUUGGAUGAACCCAUUCAAGAGGAGUCACGUUCAAGAUGGCAAAGAAUGUAUGAUACACUUAACAACCUGCUAUUGCUGGAAAAUUAA